UCGCGCACUCCUCGCCCUCCAGGUCGUUGUGUAUGACGGAUAUGCGCGUCAUCCUUGCACAGGGGCCAUGCUAAUCUUCUCUGUACCGUUCCAAUUUUAACCGAUGUCCCGACGGACGUAUGACGGCUAUGCACUGAACUCCCCCGAAUAUUUUCGCUGGCGACAGCAACGCUUGCUCUAAGUCCUGGGGGCGAUUACUGUCUUUGCCAGGCCCGGGGAGGAUCUAGCGGUCACGGUCACGGUCACAGUCACGGUCACGGUGAGGAGGAGGAGGAGGAGGUAGGUCGGCUUCCAGUUCCAGUGGCAGCCUGGCAGGGGGAAGGAAGAGCGAACAGGGCAGGCAACUGAUGACAGAGAGGAAAAGAAAGACUAAAUUGGGAGAGAAGAGGAAGGCGGCAACAGGGAGGGAGCGGUACUGGAAUGAGGAAAUGAGGAGAUGAGAGGCUGUCACAUACCAGGUAGAAGGCAGAAACUAGAGGUAGCGCAUAUGUAAAAUUCGUUAGUGUGUAUAGGAUCCAGGCUAGAGCGGAGCAGUGCUAGCAGUGGGGCCACGUGGCAGCCAAGCGGGGAGCUGCCGGAGAAGGUUGACAUGUAAUUCUAAGGUAGAAUGUUGAGGUAGGUGCGGAAGAGCGGGAGAAGUUCAGAAGCGCGGGAGAGGUAGAGUGAAAAGUAGAGCGGCGGAAUGUUGAGAUAGGUCCAAAAGAACGGGAGAGGUGCAGAAGAGCGGGAGAGGUGCAGAAGAGCGGGAAAUGCAGAGUGAAUAGUAGAGCGGCAGAAGGUGGAGGAGGUGCAGAAGGGCGGGAAGUGAAAAGUACAGCGGCAAAAGCGCGGGAAAGGCGGAGAGAAGUGGAGCUGCAAACGAGCGGGAAACGCAUAGCGAGUGAAAAAAUCGCGCGGCAGAAAAGGCGGACGCAGUGCAGAAGAGCGGGGGAAGGCAGAGAGAGAUUGGAAAAUAUCGUGCGGCAAAAGCGCGGGAAAGGCAGAGUGAAAAGAAGAGCCGCAAAAGAGCGGGAAAAAAGGCAUAGCAACUGAAAAAUCGCGCUAGCUGCAGAAGGUGGAGGAGUUUGCAGACGAGCGGGGAAAGGCAAAGAAGCGAGUGAAAAGUAAUCGAUCGCGCGGCAGGACGGCGGAGGAGGAAGUGGCAGAAGAGCGGGGUAGGCAUAGAAGAGAGUGAAAAAUCGAGCGGGGGCUAGGUCCCACUUACACGAACUAAGUGAUAUUGACCGUGGAUAGCAAGGAUCAACGGUCAGAAUCUCUUAAUCCGUGCAAGUGGGACCUUGCCCCCGGGAGAAGUGGAAAAUCGAGCGGGAGAAGUGACAAAUCGAGCGGGAGAAGGAGCGAGGAAGUGCAGAAGAAUGGUCUAUUUGCAGGGAAUAUGGUUUGACAUGCAGGUGCUGUCAUCGAUAUGGUUCAGAAGAAUAAAGGGGGACACGCACAAGGAGCGAUUGGAGUCGUUCUAUGGUCCGCAGGCGCAAGCGUACGACCAUUUUCGCGGCAAUUUUCUGCACGGUCGCCGACCGUUGUUGUCAGCUUGCGCCUCCCGGCUGCAGCAGGAACGAGGGGAGACACGUGGGGAGGACUUGGUAUGGGUCGAUCUCGGCGGAGGGACGGCGGAGAAUGUGGAGAUCAUGUCCGACUACAUGGACCUGCAAUUGUUCAGCAAGAUCAUAAUAGUGGACAUGUGCGGCGCGCUGUGCGAGGUUGCGCGGCAACGAGUGGCGUCCAAAGGCUGGCGAAAUGUGGAGGUGGUGGAGGGGGAUGCCUGCGAGUUCUCCCCUCCUCCCAACGUUAAGGCCAAGCUAGUCACCUUCUCCUAUUCCCUGUCAAUGAUCCCUCCCUUCAUGAAAGCUGUGGACAAGGCACUCUCGUAUCUUGAUCAGAAGGAGGGGCUGCUCGGGGUGGCAGAUUUCUACACGUCGUCGAAGUACGACCUCAGGCCGCGCCAGCAUGGCAUGAUGACUCGCUGGUUCUGGAGAAUCAUUUUCGACUUAGAUAACAUCGAUGUGGGACCGGAACGACGCCAGUUCCUUGAUCUUCGACUUCGUCGAAUAGCAGAAAUCAACAGCGUGGGGUCCAUACCUUAUGUGCCCUUGCUGAGAGCGCCCUACUAUAUGUGGAUUGGCCAACCCCGGACUACGGAGCGAGCAGAUAAUGAUUAAUCAAUCAACCAUCUGCUGCAGGCACGGAGUCGGAGUGGGCUUUGCCCUGCCCUUGUAGAGUCGCAUAGCAUGCCGCAGUGGAAGCAAGCUGCGCGUUAGCCUCUUACUGCUUGGUAGCAUUUGUAGUAGACUGCAGAUGUACUCGGUGCAAAAGCCUUGCGACUACAUCUGCAGUGGAUUGUUGCUCUGGUGCAUAAUCCUUGGUACUUAGUAGUACAUUUAUUGUAGAUUAUUGCACGGGUUGCUUGCUAAUCACCCUGAUUGUGGAACUAUAGAUGAUUAAUCUGCUGCACACUCUUACUACUUGGCAGCACAUUUGCAGUAGAUUAUGUUGUGCUGGUUGCGGGUAGGCUUUCUGACUGUGGAAGCAGAGAUGAGCAAUCUGUUGGACACACAGAGUGAGCACUGACCUUGUAGUAGCAGACCCCCUUGGAAGCAAGCUGCAUAAGCCUUAACAUAAUAAUUUCCAGUAGUUUGAAUUGGUUCCACAGAGUUUGCACUGGGUCUCUGGUUCACUGGUGGUUCACUAGUGGUACACUGAUGUUUCACUGAUGGUUCAUUGGUGGUUCACUGGUUUACUGGUGGGACAAUGGUUCACUGAGGUAAAAAAAUGUAGUAGUUUGCACUGGCUCACUGUUUGCUAAUUUCCUAACCUCUACGUGACUUGUGAUACCAUGGGUUUCGACGUAGUUUUUUUUUUGGUUGAAAAUAAAAAUAAAAAUUGCUGCCGUGUAUUCCUGGGAGCAGUAUGCUGAUUCUUUGCCAGAAAGUUCUUUAUUAGAAAGUUCUUCAUGUAAAGGGAAAAGAAAAGAAUGAAAACAAUGUACGUUG